AUGUUUUGUAUAAGACACAUCGGCAGUAACUUCUUAAGGGCAUUCAAAGUCCCUCACUUGCAAAAGCUUGUUGUCAACAUAGGGUAUUCAAUAACGGUGGAGGAGUACAAUAUCAACUAUAAGAGGUUGGAAGAGCGAGGCGAGGCAUAUGCCAGGUGGUGCGAUGCCAUUGGACUCAGACAUUGGGUAUUAGCAUUCGACGAGGGACAUCAAUGGGGCCAUAUGACAACGAACCUUGUCGAGUGCAUUAACUCAGUCUUGAAGGGUGCCCGUAAUCUACCUGUGUUGGCGCUGAGUGUCGAGACUCACAAACGCAAGCGUGCUGGAUAUACGUACUCCGCAUUUGCGCAACAGCGGAUAGAAGCAAGCAUGCAACAGGCUGGGAAUAUAGUUGUGCACCACUUUGAUAGACGAAAUGAGGUAUUUGAGGUGCGCAAAAUGACUACUGGAAAGGUGCUAGUUGUUGAUCUUGCGCGACGGACGUGUGAUUGUGGGCACUUUCAGGUUGAACGAAUACCAUGUCGCCAUGUUAUUGCUUGCUGUGCUAACCAGCGUCUCGAUUGGCAGUUGUAUGUGCAUCAUGUGUACAAGAUGACAGAGGUUCGUAAGGUAUAUAAGUUUGAGUUCACACCAUUAGGUGAUCCCGAUACAUGGCCCCCUUAUGAGGGACCCACAUUGGUUGCUAAUCCCGCGCAGAGGCGAACGUCUAAAGGCAGGCCCAAACUGACCCGAUACUUGAAUGAAAUGGACUCAUGCGACAUACGUGGUCCUCGGAUAUGCCGUCUCUGUGGUGCUCAGGGUCAUAGUCGGAGUAGGUGUCCUCAGCGUGUUGGACCGAGUGGUGCUGCUUCGUAG